GAUAACGCCGAGACGUCAUACAAUAUUCUCUCUUCUAAAAAUAUCUAUUAACAUUUUGAGGUCAACAACAACACAGUUCAUUUUCAUCGGUUUACUACAUGUGUAAUGUAACAUAACCUCAAAAAAUGUAUUCUAAAUUUUAUGUAAAAAACGCCAACCUAUUCAAUCAGAUUAAAAGACUCACUCAAAUUUCUUCAAGAUCUUACCAAAGUGAAAGCGUAUUCGGGUUUAGAAGAAAGAAAAAGGAGGAAUACGAAGUUCCUGUUGAAAUUCAAACUGCUCGCAAUCAAAGUGGAAAUUUUUAUAGAUUAGUACAAGCGUAUCGAAAACAUGCUCAUAAAAUAGCGGAAACGAACCCUAUUUGUUUAGAAAAAACAAUCAGCAUUCCAGAUCUUAAUCCAUUAAAAUACGGCCUUCAAAAUUCCGAUAAAGUAUCUUUUAAAGGUAUUAUAAACACCGAUAAAUUAGAAGGAUCGGUUACAGAAGCUUUGGAAUUACUAAAUUCAAUUUAUUCGAAUAAUAUUGGGGUUGAAUUUGAUUAUUUAGAGACGGAACACGAAAGAGAAUGGUUUGCAAACGCGUACGAAAACAUGAUGCAAAAACAACUUUCAAACGAAACAAGGAUACAAAUUGCGAAAGACAUCUUAAAAUCCCAAGUUUUCGAUCAAUUUAUGGCGGCUAAAUUCGUCAGCGUUAAAAGAUAUGGCGGGGAAGGAGCCGAAAGCAUGAUGGCAUUUUUUAGUGAAUUUUUUAAACUCUCAGUAAAUGAUGGAUUACAACAAAUUGUGGUUGGUAUGCCACAUAGAGGAAGACUUAACUUUUUAACUGGUUUACUCGAUUUUCCACCUAUUAAAAUAUUUGCUAAAUUAAAAGGUAAACCAGAUUUUCCGACAAAAUAUGAAGCAACAGGGGACGUUUUAAGUCAUUUUAUAUCAUCCGUUGAUAUUAACGUCGAUAACAAACCAUUACACGUCUCCAUUCUGUACAAUCCAUCUCAUUUAGAAGCUGUUAACCCAGUUUCAAUGGGAAAAACUCGAGCAAAGCAACUAAUGGUAAAAGAUGGUGAUUAUUCGCAAGAAAAUAAUAGAUGGAGUGAUAAAAUUUUAAAUCUUCAGGUUCAUGGAGAUGCUGCGUUAUCCGGACAAGGAGUUAAUCAAGAAUGUUUAGAAAUGUCCUCAGUUCCUCAUUUUGAAAUAGGAGGUAGUGUUCAUUUAGUCGUAAAUAAUCAAGUUGGAUACACAACCCCUGGAGAUCGAGGAAGAUCAUCAAGGUACUGCACGGAUUUGGCUAAGAUAAUUUCGGCUCCUGUUUUACAUGUUUGUGGAGAUAAUCCAGAGAUGGUUUUGAAAGCUACAAGAAUAGCAUUUGAUUAUCAAAGAAAAUUUCGAAAAGAUGUUUUUAUAGACAUGCAUUGUUACAGACAGUGGGGACAUAAUGAAUUAGAUGAUCCAACAUUUACAAAUCCUGCUAUUUACAAAAUUAUUCGUGCUCAAAAAACGGUACCUGAUCGUUAUGCUGAAAAAUUGGUACAAGAAAAUGUUUGGACAAAAGAUAAUUGGGAUAAAGUCGUUUCAGAACAUAGGGAUUUUUUGAAUGAAGAACUCAAAAAAGUUGAUCAAUUCGAACCUGAUGAACCGUGUUUUCAAAGACAAUGGCAAGGAUACGAUCAAGCACAAAAUUCUAUAACUAAAUGGAAUACGGGAGUGCAUCCAGAGAUUUUAAAAUAUGUUGGAGUUAAAUCAGUUACUUACCCAAAGGAUUUUAAUAUUCACCCAAAUCUUUUGAAACAUCACGUAACUAAUAGAUUAAGAACAAUUAACGAUGGGUUUAAUUUGGAUUGGUCAACUGCUGAAGCACUGGCAAUUGGAUCACUUUUAUAUCAAGGAUAUAAUGUUCGAAUAAGUGGACAAGAUGUUGGCCGUGGAACCUUCUCUCAAAGACAUGCUAUGUUGGUAGACCAAGCGACGAAUAAUACUUACAUUCCAUUAAAUGACAUGGAUUCCGAGCAAAGUGGCUUUUUUGAAAUUGCAAAUAGUAUCUUAUCAGAANGAAGUCAUUUCAUCUGGUCAUAA